AACCCUCAAAAUGCCAAAGUAAGUCAUGACACUGCCAGUCAUGUAGGCCUAUUACUAUUACUAUCACAGUAUCAGUGACGUUGAUAGCAUAACUUUAAAAAUAAUAAAAACUGCUCAAAUACUAAGAUUAUUACAUCUUGAAUUAAGAUCAUGGCCUUCCUUGUUUUACUUGGGUACGCCAGAACAUCCUCAAAGAAUGCCGUGUCUGCUGCAGGCAACGCAUUUACAAGGCCAAUGUAUUCUUCAGUAUUCUUGAACUUGAAACAUGCCAAAAACAAACAUGGCUCGAUUGCUAUUAGUCAGGUGUUAAACUGGUUAAAGAGAUGGAAAGUUAGUCCUUUUCGUGGACUGCCUUCUAAUUUCAUGAGUCGGUCUUUUGCGUCUAAAAACCCUCUGGAUGUUAACAGACAGAUAUUGCAAGAUGCUCUAGUAUACUCCCACAACAAUGAUAGCUUCUACAAAGCAUUAUCUUACUUUGGUAUAUUUCAAUUGUCAUUGUGGGGAUACCUAGCCUUUUCAAUUCAGGAUCUUAGAUUGCCAACAAUAAGAGAUGUUAAUGAUCCUCCGCUUUGGAAGAGAUUUUUGUACAAAGAAGGACAGUAUAAAAAUGCUCUCAGUUUACUUAGCCUGAUAGUGGGUAGGUCAUUCAGAAAUGCAAAUUACAUGUUUCAUUUUUAAAUUUAGGGAUCUUUAGCAAACCGGUUAUCAGUUUUAGAACUUUAGAAAUCGGAUUUUAAACAGGCUAUCAGUUUUUUUACAGGGCUUGAGACCAGGAACGCACAGGAAUGGUGUUCAUGUACUUUUUUUUUGCUUAGCAAAACUGGCAAAACUAUUAAAUAGAUACAUAUGUAAUUAAUUCAUUUUGGAUUGAGUGGUUAUCUUGGGUGAGUUACCAAUCUUUUUUCUCCAUGACUUGACCCCCAUUUACGAUGCAUUCCAAACUGUUCCAUAAAGCCAUGUCAGAUGGACAUGAUAUUUUAUAAAUUAUAAGAAUAAGAUCGUAUGCGGCCAGUCACAUUGUGAUACCACACUUUAGUACCAUCCAUGGGUGUAGGGAGAUGGAAUCUGCCAUUUUGCCCUGGGAGGCACUUAUUUUGGGAUGGCAUUUUUGGUCUACUUCAUAUAGCCUACUUUAUAAAUCGUAACUUUUAUGUGUAUUCACUUAACAUAAUUAUUUUUAUUAAUUAAGGGAGUCAAAAUAAAGGGAGACUCCAAUCUUCCAACUUGUUUGUUAAUAUCUAUCACAGAAUAAACGUUUGCCAUAAGACAACUACUUUUCCCAUAAAAAACGCAAGUCAGCUAUUAUCAAUGGUCACAUAAGUGUAGCAUUAAUGAGUAGCCUACAAUUUAUAAAUUAUACAGCAUCUUUAUUUUUAUAAAUUUUUUUAUUUCUUAAAUAAUAAUAAAAAGUGGUUAUUUAAAAAAAAAAUACUUAAAAAGUGAUAAGAAAUAAUUCAAAUGUUGUUUUGUAAAACUCAACAACCUGCUAUGCUUAUCAGUUUUGAAACUGCUAACUGAAAAUCUGAUUACCAUUAAACAUCCUCAUUUUUUAAUUAUUGAACAGGUCCUGCAUUUUAAAAAAAACCAACUAAUUACUCUCUGUGCUCUGGAAGGAGCCGCUUUCAAAAUUAAUUUUACAUUUCAAUAAAAAUUGUAUGUCUGUCAAACAUUGAUCUGACUUCUAACUUGAACCACAUAAAAUAUAUAAAAGAGCUUCAGUAAUUAUUAUUUAUUGAAUGUUUACUUUGAUAAUGAAUCUGUAGGCCUAAAUUGACUAUCGGCGUAUUAUUUUAUUUAUUAUUCUGGAUUUUAUUUUAUUUUAUAAAUCAUGAUAAAAAUAAUCUUGAUAACCAGCUUGUGAAAAUCAACCAGUUUUUGGUUUCAAAAUCGAUAACAUACUUUUAAUGAAUUUAAUGAAAUUAGAAGAAAGUUAAUUUUACAUAGGCACCAAGCUAGAACUAUUAUUUUCAUAAUAUUAUGUAGGAAUUACUACUUCUGUCCACUUCAAUUCCAUUUAAUUUAAUUAAUAAAUUAUCCUUUAUUUUCAGGUGCAUCUAUUUUUUUCAUUACCUUAACGUAUCCCAGAAGAGCUGUAAAAAAUCUGUGGAUGCUCAAGGGCGGGCAAGAGGUACAAAUCACUACUUAUAGUUGGUUAGGGAAAGAGAAAACUUUUAAAAAACCAAUUGAACAUAUCAACUGUUUACAGUCACGUACAGGAGCUGGACAACAUAUACCUCUUCAAGUUAAAGGAAGCAGUUUCUACUUUCUCCUUGACAAGAAAGGUUCUUUCCAUAAUACAGAUUUAUUUGAUUUUCUCAUUGCUGUCAAGAGGAAUAUUAAAUAAAUAGUAUUUCUUUUUUUCUCCCAGUCUUAUUCAUUUUUUACACUAUCACUG